AUGGCCGCGGACGACUCGUACACGGCAGCUGACGAGCGCGCCCGUGCCGCCCGGAGGGCGGGCAUCCAGGCGAAGAAGGACGAACAGCCGGCGAACACGACGCGGAGUUACGCGGCGAAGCAGCGGGAGUGGAAGGCCUGGUGCCAUACGCCUCGGGCUGCAGCAGACGGCUCGCUCUAUAGCUGGCCCGACGGCGAGCUCGUAACGCCGGACAAGCUGGCGGCGUGGCUCAAAGAGGAUAUCCUGUUACGACGCGUUGUGCCGCCGCAGAAGAAGAAGCCGCGCGCGGGUAAGAUUAGGGGCAACGGCAACGGCGAGGCCGUACAGGUACGGCAACAGCGCGAACAGGAGCAGCUCGAGGCCGCGGCCAUGGCAGAGGCCGAAAGCCUGGCCGAAGCUUUGGAGGUCCCCCUGGCCGAGGCCGCCGAGCUGCUCGCUGACGACCGCGAGGGCUACGUGCCACCCACAGGCCUCGCGACGGCUGCAGUAGACCUUACCGAAGGGUCUUUGCUUACGAGGGCACUAUCGACGCCUAUAUCGCGGCCGUUAUCGAGCUAUGGAGGCUCCAGGUGGCUCACGGCAACGCGAAUACGGAGAAUCCCGGGGCGCCGCCACCGCGGAAGCGACGGGAUCCAGGCCGGCUACCUCCCCGAUGAAUGGCUUCGGAUCCAGGAUCUCCUUCUCACUGGCGCCGCGUAUACGCCGCAAAACCUCCGUACGCGAGUCGACCUCCUCUUCGGCCACUACUACCUCUUACGGGGGGAGAACCGGCGCAAGAUGGAGCUUGCAGACCUAUCCCUACUCGACUAUCCGCCUUCGGAGGGCCCGACCCCCUGUGGUUGCCUGGACUGGUAUCGGAUCAAGGUCCUCGUCGGGCGGGACCGCGAGCAGGAGCUCUCGUACCCGACGCAGCUACAAGAGACCUGGCGUAUCUUCGGCGCUGCCGGCCUUAUCGCGUCGAAGAAGACGCACCUCCCGCGCAGGGUGGGCGCCCAGGACGCGGAGACCCAUGGCACGUCGCUCGCCCAGAUCUCGCAGGCCGGCCGCUGGAACCAGAGCGUGCUCUGCCAGGCAUAUCUUACGCACCUACCGCGGCAGUUCAUGCGUAUCGUCGCCGGCUUCUCGGCCUCCCCGGGGGACUACUUCCUCGCGCGUGCGGCUCACGAACCCCCGUACGUCUUACAAAAGCAGCUGUGGCCGUGGAUCGAGGAGUGGGAACCCCGCUUUGAGGCGCGGGCGCGCCGGCAAUGCUGGGCAGAAGGCGGUCUCGACGACGACGACCUAGCCGCUGACGGCUUCCUUAAGCUUAUGCGGCGCCUGCGUAUAGUACUUCUGCAGGACCUGGCCGUCCUACAGCUCCGCUACCCGUCGCUACCGUUCUUCGCCUACGCCCCUUUUGGCGGGCCCGAGUGGGACGAGUUCGCCGUCGCCGUGCGGUCCACCGCGGUAGGGGCUAUGGAGCCGAAUAGUCAGCGGCUCGCCAUCCGGCUUGAGGCCCGGCUGGACGGGAUUCAGGGCGGCCUCGAUGCCCUCCUCCAAGGCAAGGUCCCUAUCACCUUUACCGGCUACUUCGGAGCCGGAGUGCAGUUCUGUCGCCGGAAGGUGAUCUGGGACGAGCUGUUGGCCCGUAUGGCGUCCGGCAAAUGCAAGGAGGCGGCCGUUGCAGAGCUAGAGCUGUUACGCGCCGGCCGAAGCUUGAACCGACUCGUCGACGAGCUCAAACAGCGCCGACGGCGGGGCCAGGAUCGGGGCCAGGGCCAGGGCCAGAUACGGGUCCAACUCGAGGUCAGGGCCGUCGGGGCGGAGGACCCGGCUGGGAAAGCGGACCGCCCUCGUCGACGUAAGCCAGCCGCCUCGUAG